AUGCAUACGCUUUCACCAGCAGAAGCAGUCCGCGGGCCUUCUCUCCUGCCCUCCUCCUGCUGCUCCUCCGCUCGCCCGCGUCCAGGGACGGCGAGGUGGUUGUCAGCGUCGACGGCAAGAAGGGAUGUGGGGAUGAGGAUCCCCGCGGGGAUUAAAUCCUCGAGCGGGGACAAGGAUGAGAAAGAAGUGUUUCCGGCGAGCCUUCACGGGACGGGGAAAUUUGGCCUAGCUGGGACGGGAUGGGGCAGUAACCCCGACGGGGAAUUCAGGGUUGACAUUUCGAGCCGCACCCGCACCCCCCCGAUUCCGCGCCAGUCCCGCGGUCCCGCUCAACCGGUCGCCACGUCCGCUUCCGGCGUCCGGCGCUGCCUGCCCCUUCUCCUUUCCUCCCCAAGCCGGCACGCCGCCUCGUGCUGUCCUGCAGUCCUGCCCGCCGCCCCGCCUACUGCCGGCUGGCGGCUGCCCUCUUCCGUGGCCCGGCCACGGCCAGCUGGUUUUGCUGACAGUAACAAUGUCUUCCCGAUAUAUAUUGGAGACGAUGAGGACACGUUCAAGGUUCAGUUGUUUGUCUCGCUACGUAGCGUUCUGAUUUCCUGCUGCGAUCGUCUUGUUUCGCUUACUGUCCUAGUAAUUGAGACAAGGAAUAUGCUUUGUGUUGGAAGAAUUUGUUCAAGAUAUUAUUCAAGCAAUGCUGUAUCUUCAUUACUUGUGGGUCCACGAUGUUUGUUUGCUCGUGAAAGCCCACACUAUGUCUACUCCAAGUGUCAUGGGACUAAUCAAAGUAGGGAUAAUAGUACCAAAAUCUUGAAACCGGAGCUAAAUAUUGGUAGUUGUGGCGCUUGCUUUUCCACUGUGACAGGAACCAUUCUAGUCCAAGCUCAUGAUCCAUCUCAGCUAGCAUUGGAGAUAGAGAAUGCAAUUGAUCAGCUGAGAUUUGAUGAUGCAUGGAGGGCUUAUGAGAAGCAUGUUCACAUGGAUGGACUUCCAAGAAAGUCCGUUUUGAGCAAACUCAUCACUGGUUUGGCAGAGAGCUGUGAUCCUCACCGGCUUAAGCAGUCCUACAAUGUGGUUAGUCAUGCAUUUGAAGAGAAGCAAGAAUUGUUGGAUAAGGAACCCCUAAUUUACCUAUCCCUCAUUCUUGCACGCUGUGAUCUGCCUAAUCUUGCUAUAAAUGUUGUGAGGAAGUUGGUAAAGAUGGAAGCAUACCCACCUGUUGCAGCAUGGUCGGCAAUUUUAGCUCAUAUGUGUCAAACUAACACUGGUGCAUUUCUCGGUGCAGACCUCGUAAUGGAGCUUGGUUAUCUUUUCCAGAAUAAUAGAGUUGAUCCACGGAAGAAGAGUAACCGUCCUUUGCUAUCAAUGAAACCCAAUUCAUUUACAUUCAACAUAGUUCUGACUGCAUCCCUCGUGUUUGGCACUACAAGAAAAGCAGAGCAGCUCCUCGAACUAAUGCCUAGGAUAGGGGUGAAGCCUGAAGUCAACUUGUUGAUUGUUAUGGCCCACAUAUAUGAAAGGAAUGGGCGCAGAGAUGAGAUUCAGACAUUAAAGAGGCAUGUUGAUGAAGCUUGUGGUCUUAGUGAAUCAGAGUUCAGGCAGUUUUAUGAUUGCUUGCUCUCCUGUCAUUUGAAAUUUGGGGAUUUGGAUCAUGCAGUUGAUAUGGUGUUGGAUAUGCUUAGGAAAGGUAAGAAUGCAAAACGGUCAUUGGAAGCAGCUAAAGCAGUUCUUGAAGCUGUUGAAAAUAGAAAAUUUUAUUUUCCUUAUGAGAAAACUGAUGCUGAAAUCCCAUGCUCUUCUAAUAGCCAAAUGCUAAGUUAUGCUUCAUUCGUCAAAGACAACAGCUUUGCGAGACUUGAAUUGGACACAAGAGAAUUAGUCAGGCUAUUAACAAAUAAGCUGCAGGAACAGGUUGGACUGGUGAAAUUUGAGCAUGGCAUUCUCCAUCCAACUGAAACAAUGUAUGCCAAGCUUGUUAAAGUUUUUCUGGAGGCAGAUAAGAUCAGUGCAUUGGCGUCGUUUCUUGUGGAAGCAAGCAAAGAAGAUUCUCCUGUAUCUGUUGAAAGCUCCUUUGUUGUUCAAGUGAUAAAUGCAUGCAUUUCUCUUGGGUUAUUAGAGCAAGCACAUGAUCUUCUGGAUGAAAUGAGAUUUUCUGGAAUUAGGGUUGGUUCAUCCAUUUAUUCAUCACUCCUAAAAGCCUAUUGCAAAGAGGGACAACAUGAAGAUGACAUAACUGCACUUUUGAAGGAUGCUCAACAAGCUGGCAUUCAGCUUGAUGCUAGCUGUUAUGAGGAUUUGAUACAAUCUAGGGUGAAUCACAGUAACACCACAGGUGCUCUCCAUCUUUUUAAAGAAUCGAAGAAUUUGAAUGUUCUGAAGGCUGGUCACAAGGAAUUUCAGAGAUUAGUGCAAGGCUCUGAUGACAAUGUAGCUGCUUUGAUGACCAAGCUAGUGGAGGAAGUCAGGAGUGGUCAUAUAGUUGAUCAUGCUGUUCAUGAAUGGAAUAAUGUUAUCCAUUUCUUCUGCAAGAAGAGAUUGAUGCAUGAUGCUCACAGAGCACUGAACAAGAUGCGAGCUUCUGGCCAUGUGCCAAAUGCACAAACUUUUCAUUCUUUAAUAAUUGCUUAUGCUGCCAUUGGUGGCAAAUACGUGGAAGUGACAGAUUUGUGGGGUGAAAUGAAACUUCUGGCUAGUUCAAGUUCUAUGAAAUUUGAUCAGGAGCUCUUAGACUCUCUGUUGUAUUGCUUUGUGAGAGGUGGUUUCUUCCUUCGAGCCAUGGAAGUUAUAGAGAUGAUGGAGAAAAGAGAGAUGUUUAUAGACAAAUACAAAUACAAGUCCUUGUGGCUUAAAUACCACAGAACAUUGUACAAAGGUAAGGCUCCCAAGGUGCAAACAGAAGCACAAUUAAAAAGGAGAGAAGCAGCAAUACAUUUCAAGAAAUGGAUUGGGUUAACAUGA